UAUAAAAGCGUCCACCUCACACAGAUGGAAGCACAGAGGGAAUCUACAGCAGCUGUAUCGUCUGCUGGCCGGAGCACAUCACACACAGCUGGAAUCCUCCCCAAGAGACGCAGCUCGACCAUGAGUGAGAGGAAAACACCUGGAGCAAUGACUGGAACCGCCAAGCCAUCUGCUGGCCACGCAACGCAGGGUCAGCAAAAGGCUCCGUCUAAAUAUGAAAAGAAAAACAACGUCCCCCAGGACUUUGACAUCGACAUGGACGACCCAGAGACGCAGAGGGCCGCCGUGGCCAUCCAGUCCCAGUUCAGAAAAUUCCAGAAAAAGAAGCAGGAUGUGAAGUCAUAGAGUCGUCAGACUCGUCGCUCUCCUGAUAUGUCCUCGGUUUUGCAUGUCGAUCAAACUGCUGCACUGUCCAGAGCUGCGAGGAGAGAAGGCUGAGGUGGAGGGGGGCUGGAAAAAAAUAUUACUGUAAAAGUUUACUAAAACAUCUGAUGUAAGCAUUGGGUUGGUCAGUUUCCAUUUAGCCAUAGAAUUUCUGAAUGGCUCAUUUGAGACGCAAAUUUACACAAAUAAUUGGAAAUAAAAGUUUGUCUUUCGAGGAGAACAGGAAGUCGCUGGCAGUUCAGAUUAUUUCAGAUUUAAUAAAGAGCUCCACCGAAUGAGUCGCUGUAACUAUGACGAGCUUCAGCUUUUACGUUCACGCCGCUGUGUUGUUCUGACGUCAACGUCCUGCUGUCCCUUUAACAUGGCCCCUCACGGCUGUGUGAAACACUGUAUGUAAACUAAUUCCUGUUGUGUGUUGUUGUGUUUUGCUGAUGCCACAUAAUUGAUUCAAUGUUCCUGCAGUUUUCUUGUAUAUGUUUAGUUUACAAAUGCAGAGUUAUGCAUGCAAGCUUGCACACAGGCAUACAAUAAUAAUAAGAAAAAAAAAUCACUAAUAAAGAAAUUUGAAAAAAAACAAAAACACUGAUGAGA